GACUACCUCCUGAAGGCGGCCAAAACGACCCAGGACAAACUCUACGUCGGAGUGGGCGACGCCGACGCCGACCACCGCUGCUGGGAGCGGCCGGAGGACAUGGACACGCCGCGGAAUGUGUACGAGGUGUCGGCGUCCGCCCCGGGGUCCGACGUCGCAGGGGAGACCGCGGCCGCGCUCGCCGCAGCCAGCCUGGUCUUCAAGGCCGCCGACCCGGACUACUCCAGGAGGCUGGUCGCGGCGGCCAGGGACGUGAUGGCGUUCGCUUGGCAGCAUCAGGGGAAGUACAGCGACCACGUCGGCGGCGGCGUCAGCAACUACUACCCGUCCUACUCCGGCUACAAGGACGAGCUCCUAUGGGGAUCCGCAUGGCUGCUCUGGACGACGAAGAACAGCUCCUACCUCAACGACCUCAUGUCCCUCGGCGCCAACGACGGCGUCGACAUGUUCAGCUGGGACAACAAGCUCGCCGGGGCGCGCGUCCUUCUGUCACGGAGGGCUCUGUUGGACAGGGACAAGAGGCUGGAGCCGUUCACGCGUCAAGCGGAGGAGUUCAUCUGCCGCGUCCUGCCCAAGUCCAGCUCCCCUUCGUCGACGACGCCGUACACGCCGGGCGGGCUGAUGCACCGGUCGGGCAACGCCAACCUGCAGUACGUCGCCUCGGCGAGCUUCCUGCUCACCACCUACGCCAAGUACAUGGCCGUCUCCAACCGCGCCUUCUCCUGCCAGAACCUCCCCGUCACCCACAAGGCCCUCAGGGCCCUGGCCAAGAGGCAGGUGGACUACGUGCUGGGCGACAACCCGCUGGGGAUGUCCUACAUGGUGGGCUACGGCGCCAGCUCCCCUCAUAGGAUACACCACAGGGCGUCCUCCAUGCCGUCCGUGGACGUGCACCCGGCGCACAUCGGCUGCCAGGAGGGUUUCCAGAGCUACCUCUACGCCGGUGGCCCUAAUCCCAACGUGCAUACCGGCGCCGUCGUCGGCGGGCCGGACCAGAACGACGCGUUCCCGGACGACCGCACUGACUACGCGCGGUCGGAGCCCACCACGUACACCAACGCACCCCUCGUAGGUUGCCUCGCCUACUUUGCCGGCAGCUACAAGAAAUGA